CGGGCCUACAAGAUGUCAGCCUCCAAGAAGCUUGAAGUGUACCCUGAUAUCGAUGUUUACUUAUUCGCAAGUUAUUAGAUCUCGACACGUGCCAGGUCUUCCACAUUUUUGUGAUAUGAUCGCAAGAGCUGAUACCAUGUGAUGCGAAAAUCAACAUUUAUCAAAUCUCUGCUGUUGCUUUCCCUUGUUUUCAUCUUCCUGCAAUAUUUCAGCUUUAAAAGCAUCUACAGCGUGGGAUCAACAGGGAAGAAUGGAAGGUACUCUGGCAUACAGUCUGCAGCAAUACUGGACCUGGUCAACACAUUCACCAGCAGGUGCCACCACAGAGAUGUUCCAAUAUUCGUCAUCGAGCCGGAGGUGCUCAGAUCCCUGUUGACUGUCAGUGAGUCGGAGUCUCAGCUUCUCUGCGUCCAUCUUUGCUCAGCCGGAGAUGGUUCCCUUUUGCGAGAACUCCGUGACCAUGACCUUGACCUAAUUGAGGUGACCUCUCCUGACCCCCGUCUACUGUCCUUGGAGAGAUUAACGGUACCCAGCAUUCCAACACAUUACCUCAUCCACCCGUCAGGUAGAAUUCGACCGCUGAUUCACCUGGUGGUGUUCUACAAAAGGGCAGACAACUUCUUAUGGCAUAGCCACCUGAAUCUCUCAAAUAAGACCAAUGCUCUCCUUCUUGACAGCCAAAGAUUAACAUUUGGAAAGAGUGCUGGAGGAUAUGACAGAUUCCCUGUUCAUGGCAACAGGGUUGAUGGUAUAUGGCUCCACUUCCCACACACAAUCAAAGAGUUCCUGGCACAGAUUCCACACGCCAAGUUUAUUGAGUGUGACUAUUACAGAGCUCACACAUUCCUCAGUAAAUAUCCCCAGGACAGUAGUGAAGAUGCCAAACAGUUCCUGCGAAAAGGGAGACAACUCUUGUCCCGAGGAAAAGAAAUUCUUGAUGACCUUGGUGUAGAGUUCUGGCUCAGCAGUGGCACAUGUCUUGGCUGGUACCGACAGUGUGGAAUAAUCACCUAUAGUAAGGACAUAGACUUUGGAGUGUGGAUCAAGAACUACCAAGAGGAUAUUGUGACGGCUUUUGAAGGAAGAGGGUUUUCUCUGAAACAUGUCUUUGGAAAGGAAUCUGACAGCUAUGAGCUGUCUUUCAAAGCUGGAGACAUCAAGAUCGAUCUGUUCUUCUUCUAUGAGGAAGCUAAGUACAUGUGGAAUGGUGGGACAGAUGUCUUGACUGGCCAGAAAUAUAAGUAUUUUUUCCCCAAGUUUGAUGUGUGCUGGACAGAGUUUCUCGGUCUGCGUGUUCGCGUCCCCUGCCCCACUUUGCCCUACGUGACGGCCAACUACGGCCAGAACUGGAACUCCCCCGUGAAGCAGUGGGACUGGAUGAAGAGCCCUGCCAAUGUGAAGGACAACGGGGUGUGGCCCAAGGGAGAGUGGGACAAAGUGAUGCAAGUGUAUGAAUGAAUGUCUGAGACUGUGAUACUGUUAGACCCUAAUACUGAAGUUGAGUUUUAAUUCAAUUUCAUACCCUGUCGAUGAGGUCAGGCAAGGUUAUAUUGUUAUGCCAGCCAGAACCUAAUAUUUUCAGCCUGAACUUGUAAUUUUAAUAUUGUUGAUUUACAAUGAAUAGCUCAAUACAAAGGGUCUUUCGAAAACAUGAUGCCUUUUAAAAAGUGUCACAUGUAACAAAUGUAAUAUCUGGGAUUACACUUUCUCAAUAAAGUAUAUAUUCCAGUCCUUUUGGCGAUGGAGUCGUAUCCAGGAUUCCAUCCCACAUACUCAGAGUAAGGGACCAACUUGCCAGCACACAAAGUCAGCGAUCUAACCCACUCUGUCACCGAUACUUCCACAAAUGGAAGUCUCACAACUGGUAGUCUAGUUCACAUACUUUGUGUAUCCCAGUGUUCGCGUUAACGCAAAAACCUGCGUAUUUCACGCAAAUACAUCUACAUUUCACACAAUAUAUUUUCUACCUGUGUUCUGCAUGCUAAGCAUUUUGUCAGUCUAAGUAAUACAAACCAAUAAUAACGAUUUGAAACGAUGAUCGUUUGUUAAACAACUUUUAUCCUAAGUUUAAUAAAAUUCUGAGAUUUGAAUGUUCAAUUGGCAAGGUAACGUU